GGCAGGAUAUAAAGCCAACAAGUGCUCAGCCCGACAGAUCUCUCCGCAGAGUCGUCCCGGCAACCAGCUGCUCGGCCAGUCAGCACCUGGUACUACACAAUCUUUCCUCCACUUUAGGAGCCAUGGCAGUGAGAAGAGCCCUGGUUGUAUUGGCCCAUGAGGAGAGGACGUCAUUUAACUAUGCCAUGAAGGAGGCUGCCGUAGAGGCUCUGAAGAAGCAAGGUUGGGAGGUAGCUGAAUCCGACCUCUAUGCUAUGAACUUUAACCCCAUCGCUUCCAGAAAGGACAUCAUAGGUAAGCCGAAGGACCCCGAAAACUUUAAGUAUGCUCCGGAGACAACUCUAGCCUAUAAGGAAGGCCGCCUGAGCCCAGACAUCGUGGCUGAACAGAAAAAGCUGGAAGCUGCAGACCUCGUGAUAUUUCAGUUCCCCAUGUAUUGGUUUGGAGUGCCCGCCAUUCUGAAAGGCUGGUUUGAGCGAGUGCUUGUGGCAGAAUUCGCCUUCACACUUGACAACAUGUAUGACAAAGGUCCUUUUAAGAAUAAGAAGGCCUUGCUUUCCUUCACAACGGGGAGUACCGGCUCCAUGUUCUCUCUUCAGGGUAUCCACGGGGACAUAAAUAUCACCCUCUGGCCACUUCAGAGUGGCAUCCUGCAUUUCUGUGGCUUCCAGGUCUUGGAACCACAGCUGGCCUAUGGCGUUGACCACACCCCAUCAGAUACUCGGAGGCAGAUCCUGGAAGGGUGGAAGAAACGCCUGGAGACUAUCUGGGAGGAGAAGCCACUCUACUUUCCUCCAAACAGCAUGUUUGACCUCAACUUCCAGGCAGGAUUUGUACUGAAAAAAGAGGUUCAAGAGGAGCAGGAAAAGAAUAAGUUUGGCCUUUCUGUGGGCCAUCACUUGGGCAAAUCCAUUCCCACUGACAACCAGAUCAAAGCUGGAAAAUAAGACUUUUUUUUCCUAACAU